CGAGACAUCAGAAAGUAUUCAAUUUGAACUAAGCUUCGUGUUUUCGACCAAAACAUGUGGGAAGGAGUUGACCAACCUUUCGCUCUUAGUGAUGAGCAUUGAUUACGGCCUUCCUCUUCCUCCAUAUAAAUUCCGUGACCUACCUCUCUCUCUCUCUCUCUCUCUCUCUCUCUCUCUCUCUCUCUCUUGCUGUGUGCAAGCAUCGUCGCUCAGAAAUGGGAAGCAUCGACAGUGAGCGAGAGGGCAUGAGCUCCAGCCAACCCUUGCUGCCGGAAUCGUCCCCGAAGAGCAAGGACCGGGAGGAGGAGGACGACAGCAGGGACCUCAAGACCAGGGUCUGGAUCGAAACCAAGAAGCUAUGGCAGAUCGUCGGCCCCGCCAUCUUCAGCCGCGUCUCCUCCUACUCCAUGAACAUCAUCAGUCAGGCCUUCGCCGGCCACCUCGGCGAGGUCGAGCUCGCCGCCUUCUCCAUCGCCAACACCGUCAUCGUCGGCUUCAAUUUCGGCCUCCUGCUCGGGAUGGGGAGCGCGCUGGAGACGCUGUGCGGGCAGGCCUUCGGGGCGAAACGGUACCGCAUGCUCGGCAUCUACAUGCAGCGAUCGUGGAUCGUCCUCUUCUGCUGCUGCUUCGUGCUGCUCCCCGUCUACGUGUUCGCCGCGCCUCUCAUGAGGCUACUCGGCCAGCCCGACGACGUGGCGGAGAUGACGGGGGUGGCAGCGGCGUGGAUGAUCCCGCUCCACUUCAGCUUCGCCUUCCAGUUCCCGCUCCAGCGGUUCCUCCAGUGCCAGCUCAAGAACCCGGUGAUCGCGUGGGUCUCCCUCGCCGCCCUCAUCUUCAACGUGCUCUUCAGCUGGCUCGCGGUCUACGUGUUCGGGUUCGGGAUCGUGGGGCUGUCGGUGGUGCUCGACAUCUCGUGGUGGAUCCUGGUCCUCGGGCUGUUCGGGUACACCGCCUGCGGGGGGUGCCCGUUGACUUGGUCGGGUUUCUCGACGGAGGCCUUCUCGGGGCUCUGGGAAUUCCUCAAGCUCUCGGCGGCGUCCGGGGUCAUGCUCUGCUUGGAAAACUGGUACUAUCGAAUUCUGAUACUCCUUACCGGAUACCUACAAGAUGCGACGGUCGCGGUGGAUGCUUUGUCAAUCUGCAUGAGCAUUAAUGGCUGGGAGAUGAUGAUCCCACUUGCGUUCUUCGCCGCAACCGGGGUUCGGGUGGCGAACGAGCUGGGCGCUGGGAACGGCCAGGGCGCCAAGUUCGCGACCAAGGUUUCCGUGGCUCAGUCGACUAUAAUCGGCAUCGUCUUCUUCGCUCUGAUCAUGAUAUUUCACGACAAGUUUGCGUACAUAUUCACGUCGAGCGAGGACGUCCUCGAAGAGGUCGACCAACUCUCCCUCCUCUUAGGAGUCACGAUCCUCCUUAACAGUGUCCAACCGAUCCUGUCAGGAGUAGCAGUAGGAUCGGGAUGGCAAGCGUACGUCGCGUACAUAAAUCUAGGGUGCUACUACGUUGUCGGGCUCCCGCUCGGAUUACUUUUGGGAUGGUGGGCUGGUUGGGGUGUCAUGGGCAUGUGGGGUGGUAUGAUAUUUGGUGGCACCUUGAUCCAGACAGUGAUCUUGGCGAUCGUAACAAUACGCUCGGAUUGGGAUAAGGAGGCUAAGAAAGCUGCCGAACGGGUGAACAAGUACUCAACCUGGAAGCCCGAAAUCGACGAACCAAAGGACAGCGCCGAUGGAGAUAGCCGCGGCGGCUACACCCGCUCGCAGGAGUCUAUUGUCGGGCAGCUGAAGCCUUGAGCAGCUGUCCAAGUCCACAUUGUAGUUAGCCUCCAUGGUAGGAGCAAGCGAGCAACAUGGUCAAGCAACAACUCCAUGACAGAACAUGGGAAGGAACAUUUUG